CAUUCUGCUAGAUAGAGAUGCAAUGAAAACAAUCAAAAUCCAUGAAAUCUGGAUUUGGAGGAAAAUAAAAUUUUUAAAAAAGCACUCGGAUCAUUAAUUUGACCCGAAAACCCAUCCAAAAUCCCCAAAGCCUAAAAUCGCCAUGAUUCCACCAAUUUCAGGAAACAUAACGCUCAAACCCUAACACGGCUCGAUCUAAAACGGAGAAACCCUAACAGGUCGAUCGAUUUCUGCUAUAAGUGCAAGUUGGACACCAGUCCCAGAAGCACUACCUCUUCGGAGAUCGAUUUUACUCGCUCGAUUUGAUUCAACUCAAAUUCAAGACUACAUUAUUGCUAGUGUGAGAUAACCUGAUUUUGUGAAGAUCAAAUGAAACAUAUUGUGAAGAUUAUGACAUUGUUGGUGGCCAUAACUGCCGUAUGGAUAAGCCUAUUACAGACUGCAAUGAUUCCACGGAGUCAUACUUGGUUGCUGCCUCUGUACUUCAUCGUGUCGCUAGGAUGCUACGGUCUCUUCAUGGUCGGGGUUGGUCUGAUGCAAUUUCCAACUUGUCCUCAAGAGGCAAUCCUGUUACAGCAGGAUGUAAUUGAAGCCAAGGAAUUCUUGAAACACAAAGGGGUAGAUGUGGGUUCUGAUUGACAUCAAACGAAAAAACCGACAUCUUCAUUUCUCUGAUUUUUUACCGACACCAACGAUUGUUCGAAGAUCUUUUGAGCUUCAACUUACUCACGCUCGUGGUUUGCUUUAUACCCGUUGGUCUUUCGUAUAGAAGUAUGGCUGAAUUUUGAUUCGAGUUACGUUCUUAGUUACUAUGCUACUUUUCUCACAUGUCUUCACGGAAACAACCUCCCUGUGUAAAUUAUACUGUUUUAUAUGAAUACAUUUGUAUAUAAAGUCAUGGAUGAUUUGUUCUCAGUUUUUGAAUGAAUCAGAUGUCUUCUUUUUGUGUAAA